CCGGGAUCCAUCCUAGCCGGAGCUUUCUAGCUCCAACGGCAUUGGUGGGGUAGAUAUAGUGGGGUAAAUGUAGUAGACUUGUACCUAAGUAUCUUUAAUUGUCGUCUGUCAGUUAUUGCCAUAGCUCUUUCCUGGCGCGGUUCCCGUCAUCGCAUUUUCUUUUUUGUCACAGCUGUGAAUUAAUUUUUCGUCACAAUUUCUCAGCUCAGUCCCAAGCAAGUUAAUAAAGUUAAUAAUGUCGGCAUUCGAAUUCUUCUUCGUAAUAAGUACCCAAACACCGGAUAGAUUGAGUCAUCACCAACUGAUACUGUCUUCAACGCGAACUACGUAGAGGCGCGUCUAGAGGCAAUCGUCGCCAUCUUCACGAACCCCGCUGUCGGCUGUUAACUAUCGAUGGACGAUUUCAAUCUGCAACUCAACUUCCACAACGUUACUUCUAGGAUUGUAAUACGUUGCUAAGAUGCCGACCGCAUUACAUCCCCAAGCCAAAUUCGAUCCCAUACCUCCAGAUCUCGACCUCCACGCACUCGUCGAUCGCACUCCAAACUUCGACUGGGUCGUGCGCAUCUCUACUACCCAAAUUAGGCGCCUCGGUCCCUCCGGCUUUGAGAAGCUAGUUCAGUUACAUGUCAUCGAGGGGGGUCGACCGUUGGUCAUAGAAGGAUGGAAUAAGGUUCUUCCAGAUGAUCUAUUCAGCGCAGCAUGGCUGGAGAAAACAUACGACAAGAAACAGGAAAAUGUUCGCGACAUAGGUGCACAAGCCGAUAUCCCAAUGACCACGGGUCAUUACUUGCGAUCCAUGCGACAGCUGACCAAGCAAUGGACCCCUACUAAUUACCGUGAUGAGAGGCGACAGCGCCUUUACUUGAAAGACAUAGAUUGCCCUCCCGAGUGGUACGAUCAUCUAAAGAAAGUCAUCCCCCCGAACGUUUUUUAUAUGAACGACAACAUCAGCGAGAACCCAGGCGCAGACGCUCGAAACGACGACAUCUUUGGCGCACCAGAGAAGACACCUGCUGUGGCGGGUGAUCUAAUGAGUAGCCUUCCGGAGGAAAUGCGUGCGCAGAAUCUCAUGUGCUAUAUCGGGCAUGAAGGCACGUACACCCCUGCGCAUCGAGAGAUGUGUGCGAGCUUGGGUCAGAACAUUAUGGUCGAAGCUUCUGGAGAUAGGCAUGGAGAGAAACCUGGCAGCUCUAUCUGGUUUAUGACCGAGACGAAGGAUCGCGAAGUCAUUAGAGAGUAUUUCCUCUCCAUGCUCGGCCAUGACAUCGAGAUCGAGAAACAUUUCGCGCAAAUCAAUGCUUGGAAGAAAGCCAAUUUCCCCGUCUACGUCGUCGAGCAAAAGGUUGGCGAUUUCAUUCUGAUACCUCCCCUGGCGCCUCAUCAGGUUUGGAAUCGUGGAACGAGGACUAUGAAAGUCGCAUGGAAUAGGACUACAGUUGAAACUCUCGACUUGGCCCUUCAUGAGGCCUUACCAAAGGCGCGACUAGUGUGCCGAGAUGAGCAGUACAAAAACAAGGCCAUCAUUUACUAUACUCUAGAAAAAUACUACAAGGAACUUCAGGCGUCUGAGGAGAAUGCCGAAGUGGGAUGGUUAGGUCUCGGCCAAGAGUUAAUGCAAAAUUCGGCACGCAUAAGACAAAUGGCUCAUGACUUCAAACACUUAUUUGGUCUCUUCACUGAGAUACUCGUUGACGAGAUGUUUGGUUACAAGCAGAACAAUGUUGAGUUCAUCCCGUUUGACUCGAACAUUACGUGCUCAUAUUGUCGAUCCAACAUCUUCAAUCGCUUCCUAACUUGCAAAUGCUGUGUGCGCACACUAAUUAAUGGGGAUGAGGACACUUACGACAUUUGUAUGGAAUGUUAUGCUAUGGGUCGCUCGUGCGUCUGUAUCUCUGGCCUUCAAUGGUGCGAGCAGUGGAAAUGGUCCGAUCUCAUUGAGAAACAUGAGACGUGGAGGGCCAUGGUGAUACAACAAGAUGGUUAUGUUGAUAUCAAUUUAUCUCCUCAACCCAUCGAAAUUGCGCGGAAGAAAACAGGCAAGAAAUCGGUGGCGCAAAUUGCGCAAGAGCAACUUCGAAGGAGACCUUGGAACGAUAUCACGAAACCACCGGAGCCUCAAGCUGAAGAGUCCGAACCCGAAGUUGAUGAUGAGGGCCGCGUCAAGAAAAAGUCGCGAUCGAGACGAAAAGCUAAGAAAGGCGACGUAUAUCGUUGUCACGUAUGUUGCCACAAAGACUACACGUAUAAGCUGAAUUUUUGCACAACCUGCCAAAAUGCGUACUGCUAUGGCGUUUUAUGGAGAGCAUUUGAUAUGAUGCCUCAAACAGCUAUGGAGAUAGAGCACUGGCAGUGUCCCAAGUGUCUCAAUAUCUGCAAUUGUGGGACGUGUAGACAGGGUGGUAGCACAGUUCCAUACGUUCCAAAGAGUACGCUCCUUGGCCAUGAUACGCGUCCGAUCGCAGAUGAUCGUAGCGUCGAAUCAAUCGUUGACUUCCGACAACACAACCUGAGCUGGCUGAAAGCUGCCGGGGAAGAGAAUCGGAGCAAAGAUACGAGGCGCAUGCAACGAUUGAAGCAGCAGGCAGAUGCUGCAAAAGCCAAUGAUCCAUUAGCGUCAUUGGAAGCCGCGGACGAUGCCCCUCAUGACAUGGACACGGCUCUCCAAGAUUCAGCCAUUAAUGGUUAUGGGGAUGAAGAUCGUGCAGUCCUACAGCUUGCCAACGCUGUUGCUGUCAAUGAGCCUGGAAAUGGCCAUGCACCAGCUGCUGAUGUACCGGACCAUGAGAAUCAACCAGAAAAUCAUUUUGUGGACGCUGACAUGUCCGGUAUUCAGAAUGGUGAAGGAGACUCAUCUUACCCAGAUCCAUCUCAGUAUGGUGAUCCAUCAGUACCUGGAGUCAGCCGCGAACGUAUGAUGGGAUUAGGAUUCUACGAUCAAGAUGAGAGUGCAGACAAGAUUUUGUUUGAAUCAUUCCAAAUGCCUACUGCCGAUGUUCUCAAUAAUGAGCCGGAAAUAUCCGACUUUGUCAAGAAGACCCUUCGACUAGCCAAGAGAAAGGCAAGGCUUGAGAUAAACGACGAUCCCGAUUUUAGGGGUCCCAGAAGCCAGCCGCGCAAGAAACCUAGGACUGGAAAUAUUGAUCAACUCGUCAACUUAGAUCCGGCAUUACUUGGUUCUCUUGGCAGUGGCAAUGGCAUUUCUACGCCAACGAGAGUGACCGCUCCGAACGACCACAGCGAACAGCCAGUUAUUGAGGGCGCAGAAGCGCAAUCUGAAGUAGCUGAAGGAACCCCUGUGUCUGUUCCCCCGCCUAAAAAGAUAAGGCCGCGUCUCCCUGCUGAUCCCUUGCGGCCUACCUUACGACACGCAAAACCGAUGGUGUCAUACGUGGAUGCAGAAGAGCCCGCUGAGGAUCCAGAUGAUCGUGUCCUUAUUAGAGCUCUGAGAAACCUCGAAUCAGAAAACGAGGAUAACGCCCCAGAAGAGGAAAUAAACCCUGUGGAUUUGGCAGCCGACGCAAUGAGGGCCUUGACGCAGCUUCCAGUACACGAGGGAGAAAGCUCGGCGACUGCUAAAAGUACCCCGCAGCCUGGAGCCAAAAGGCGAGGACGGCCACCCCGAAGCUCCAUUGGAACAGCCGUCACCCCGUCCUCAGUUCCAUCUACAGGUAAGAAACGUGGUCGCCCACCGGGACGCCCAGGGAAAUCUACAAUUAACGGCGCCGAGAAUGAAGACAUCACUAUGGUAGAUGCUGGUGUAUCUGACGCUCACAAUGCUCCCGCGGCCACCGAUACUCCUAAUGUUACUCAGAAUGAGAACGAGGUUAGCGUAGAGGAACUUGAAGCUCAACUAGAGCGAGAGGAGCGAGAGUUGGCUGAGGCAAAUCGGGACGUAGAGGACUCGCGACCAACUACAGCCACCUCAGCGACACUACCUCGCGAAGAGCCCUUAAAAAGACGAGGUCGACCUCCAAGACGAUCCCGCGCACAACAAUCACCUAUAACACCAAACCCCGUCGACCUAGAACCGCCUCCGGACACACGCUUCAUGUCCAUGAGAGAACGAGCGGCUCUAAGGGGUAAGAAGUUCAAGAUAGGACAACGCCGGCCAAGAGAUACUGCAACGGGAAGCCCCGCUACGACAUCGGCCAAAGGAACUCCUACGACUACGGCUGCACAGGCCAAAAAAGAUAAACCCAUACCCGAAUCUAACGUCGUUGAGGAACCUGCUAGGCCAACUCCCAAGAACGGUCGCCCAGAGCUGGUGGACGAUAAUUUCGAGCCUGCUGUUGUGGAGAUCGAGGAUUCGUCUUCGCCUAGUCCCACGCCAGAACGUGAUGUUCCGCCACAGCCGCGGCCUGUUAGGAGGUCGGGCGGCCCGACAGUCGUCAGGCUGGAUUUCUCGGACGAUAGUGUUCCGGAAGACUCGGGGAGCGAUGACGACAGCGACGGCGAUGUUCCGGCUAAACCUCGUUACACGGCAACACGCGGCGGUCGGGGAGGUGCAAGAGGGAGAGGAAGGGGUAGGGGCAGAGGUAGGGCGCGAGGCCGCGUCUGAAUACGUACUCAAGCUAUGAGAUUACGGAACGGUUCGAGAUGGAAGCAAUGGAAACUGUACUUACGGCGUUGGCUCCUUCGGGCGGCGUAUAUUGUGCGUAUGGUUUUAAAGGUGUGUUAUUUUGUUGGGCAUGAUUCCCUCAACUUCUUUUCCGCCGUGGCGCUCGACGGCGUUCUUUCGCCCCCUUUUUUAUGGGGUCUAUAGUAUAUUGCUGAAUACCCAAAAUGCUAUUUACAUUUAAUUAUUAUGCCUGUGAUAGUU